CAUGUGACCGGUUCACGUGGUCACAGGGAUAAAUGAAGGAGGGCGACACACAGCGCUUGACAAUCAUUCACUUAGUUGACUGGGCAGUCAAAGAGAGAGGGGCUAAUCUGAAGCUGAAGAUUGAAGUUCACAGCUGGUUGAAGUCCACAGAGCUACAGUCAGAAUGUGGCGUGCAGCCUUCCUGUUAUUGGCUGCCAGCUUGUCUGUAAGCCUGGCCAGACCCCACCUUAAACCACUGUCCAGUGAGAUGGUCAACUUCAUCAACAAGUUCAACACAACCUGGAAGGCUGGUCACAACUUCCAUAAUGUUGACUACAGUUAUGUCCGGAAACUCUGUGGUACGAUGCUGAAAGGACCUAAACUGCCAAUCAUGAUUCAGUAUGCUGGAGACAUGGAGCUGCCAGAUGAAUUUGACUCCAGAGAGCAGUGGCCCAACUGUCCCACUCUGAAGGAGAUCAGAGACCAGGGCUCCUGUGGAUCCUGCUGGGCGUUCGGCGCCGCAGAGGCCAUCUCUGACCGUGUCUGUAUCCACAGCAAUGCCAAGGUCAGCGUGGAAAUCUCCUCAGAGGAUCUGCUGACUUGCUGUGAGAGCUGUGGCAUGGGAUGUAAUGGUGGUUACCCUUCAGCUGCCUGGAACUUUUGGACCGAACACGGCCUGGUCUCUGGAGGUCUCUAUGACUCCCACAUCGGCUGUCGUCCCUACACCAUCCCUCCCUGCGAGCACCAUGUAAAUGGCAGCAGACCUCCCUGCACUGGGGAGGGUGGAGACACACCCCAGUGCAUACUCAAGUGUGAAUCUGGAUACACACCCAGCUACAAAGAGGACAAGCACUUUGGUAAAACGUCUUACAGCGUGCUGUCAAAUGAGAAGCAGAUUCAGGCUGAGAUAUACAAGAAUGGUCCAGUAGAGGGAGCCUUUAGUGUCUAUGAAGACUUUGUGCUGUACAAGUCUGGUGUGUAUCAGCAUGUGUCUGGCUCUGAGGUUGGUGGCCACGCCAUCAAGAUGUUGGGCUGGGGUGUGGAGAAUGGUGUUCCCUACUGGCUCUGUGCCAACUCCUGGAACACAGAUUGGGGUGAUAACGGAUACUUUAAAAUCCUGCGUGGAUCAGAUCACUGUGGUAUUGAGUCUGAAGUUGUGGCAGGGAUUCCCGUGUAAAACCUAAGACGUUGAGCUGCAGUGUCCAUUACCUAAUCACUAGAGGGCGACACACUCCACUUGCCUGCUCUGGAAGUCUGCUCAUGUUCGACUGCUUUUAGUCCUUUUUCAAUAACCAAAUUGCAUACUGAUCACCUUGUACACCCAACAUGUCAUAUUUUUUUAACAGCACACAGAAAAGUUCAAGAGCAACCUUCACUUCACUUGGGUGGAUUAGCAGAUAGAGUAUGACAAACACUAUAUGCUGAGCACACAUCGCCAUUGUUGAACUGAAAGUGUUAUUUCUAAAUGAGUCAAUGUAAGCUCUUGUUCCUUCACAUUUUUUUUUUUUAAAGCUAUCACAAGGUUGCACUGGUGGAAAAUGUGUUUAAAACACAUGUAUCUCAUGUUAUCUCUGGUAAUUUGAGGCAAACUAUCAUUGUUGUAAAAAAUUUGAAAGUGUUUGGCCUUCAGCCUGUGAUAGAAAGAAAUUACAAGAGUCUGCCUAAUGCAUUUUUAAAUGCUUUCAUAUUCAUUUGCAUCCAAUGCUGUUUCUCAGUGUCACAAAUGCCACUCCAUAAUGGUUAGGAUGUAUUCAAUGUAAUCGGUGCCUUUUUAGUGUUUUUAAAGUGACAUCACACGAUCAAUUAAAGUGUUUUUUGUUUUUGUUUUUAAUGAUCAAAAUAUUGGCACAAAACUGUCAUGUUCUGAAUUAAAUAAACCAACAUUUGGUUCCCAA